UGAUGGCACCAGGUGGGAGAGUACGUCGUUCGCGCACAGGAUCUACCCCUUCUACUCGUGAAGUGACGGAGCCAGUAUCGCCGUCACAUAUUGCAUCGCAGGCGUCUGAUCCCUCAGUCGCGCAUACACCGGGCACUGCAUCAUCAUCGACUAGCCGACGAGGACGUGGACCCACGCGUGGGUUGCUUUUAGAGCGACUUACGCGUGAGGGUAGGGUGACGGUAGAGUUCCCACAGGACUGCAUUAGACCUGUUGGGAACAAUGCCAUGUUGUUUACGUCGGAGGUCGGUGUUUUAUGCCGAUCUCUGAUCCCCCCCACCACUCCCCGUUGGGGGGACGUGACAGAUGAUGUGCGGCAGCUCAUCCGUCAGCGCCUUCAGGAUAAAUUUGACUUGGAUUUGAGUGUUCCGCACAUCUCUCAUGCCGUCGACGACAUGAUGAAGGAGCGGUUCAAGGAUUACCGCAGUAAGUUACACCGGCAAUACAAGCGGUGCAUGAGCCACGAGGAGGCCGUACAGUCCGCACCGCUGCACGUGACUGAUGAGGACUAGCGGAUACUCUGCGAUAGGUUUUCGUCUGAUUCUUUUCAAAAGAGGAGCAAAAUAAAUUCUGACAAUAGAGGAAAGUUAGAAGUGAACCACGUAGCUGGUUCAAAGUCAUUUGUACGACUUCGUCACGACAUGCGAGAUUCCGUCACUGGCCAGGAGCCCGGACCAGUAGACUUCUACAAAGGGACUCACUGUCGGCAGUCGACAGGAUCUUGGGUACAUCCUAGAGCCAGCGAGAUUUGGAUAAAGAU